UCUAUUCUCGACCGACAGAUGCCUUUAGUUCACGCGGUUCAACAAGUGGACGGAUUUGGCCAUCAACUGGCUCUUAUAGAUAGCCCUGAGAUUCUAUCAAUCGCAGCGAUUGAUAACGUAUGGAAACGCGUCGCUAAAGCAGUAGUCAGUGGCAAGCUUGGUUUUGCGGCAAAGGUCAACGCACAUGACCCUGAAGAUAACACACACGUGAUCUGCGUCUACACUGAGGAUUUUACAAAUGAGGAGCACGUGCGAAAAGUAGAGGAAAGUCUCCGAAAAGAAGGCGUCAAAGGACGAAUGACCGACAAACCAGAUAUCUACACAACGUUAGGGAUCUAUCGCGACAAUCCUUGGAGACUGAGGCCUACAGUGUACAGCAGCCAUCAUUAGUUGAAAACGAGGAGUGUCUUCAGUUAUACAUACUUUAAAGGAAACCCCACUGGCUUGUUGUUCAAGGAAACAUUUGAAAAUUUAAAAAUGACAAAUAUGACUUUAUUUAGUUAUUUAUUGAAACACUAUCAAAGACCAUUCAUGAUAUCAUCAAAAAGGACUACGUUGUCCAAAAGAAUGUAUGGUGAAAGUAUUUGAAUUGCUAAAUUACGAAAAUAAGUUUGCCAAGACGUUAAAAUUUAAUAAAGCGUUCAGUGGUAAUUUGGUCUCCGUCGAUCUUACAGAUUAUAAUUUAUAAUUCCUUCAGUUUGAAUAAAAGGGACUGUUACUGUUG